AUCAUACAUAGUUCAAUAAAAGAUAUAUCCAUUUUUACAACUUAUUAUAAUAAUAACAAAGAACUCAUCCAAAUUGUAUAUUUAGUGUGACCAAACAACAUAAACAACUCUUGCAGAUUUGUAUUGUCCGUCCUCUUAAACUGUUUUUUCUUUUUCCAGAAAGAAACAUAUGGCAAAUAUUUCAACUUGCUUCCUUAUCAUUGCUGCUGUUUUUCUAGUUGGAACGAUGAUGCCAUCGACUAUGGCACAAACAUGCUACCAAAUACACCCAGAAAUAUUGUGCGAUCAAGGCAAAGUUGAACCAAAAUGCUUACCUUUCUGCAAUAACAAAUUUGGACCCUCUGCUGGUGGCCAAUGCAUUGAUCAAAUUGGCUUUAAUGGUCCUUUUUGUGCAUGUGAUUAUCCUUGCUAAUCAUUCUCUUUACUUCAAUUUCUUCUUUCAAUAAAGCAUUAUAUAUACAAGCAGUUACAUAUAAUUUUUUUUUAGAUGAUCUGAUAAUACUGUGUUUUCUUGUUAUUCAGUUAUUACGUAUAUAAAAGUGAAACAACAUAUGAAUUUAAUUAAUUUACGUUUCAUGAACUAUAUUAUAUUAUAUGUAACUGUAAUUUACCUCUUGUGUAUAAUAUUUAUCUGUACUCUGGUUGUUUUAUAAAUGGAAUAAAAAAGAAUCAUAAAUCAUUCUUUGA